GUGAUAAUUGGGGCUGCCUGUAUGAUGAAUAAGGCCUCUUCUUAAUGUCUCCAAAGAGUGCAUCAGUCAUGGAUCGAGCUCUGCUUCUGUUGCUUUUUUAUGGUCUCGCCAAAGCUGGAGGGCUCAAUAUGAGACCCAUCAUAGGCAUACUCGCACAGCAUUCGUACAAAGGGCCUACCCACAUUUCGGCGUCAUACGUCAAGUUCGUGGAGUCGGCUGGGGCGCGCGUGGUGCCAAUCUUUGUGGAUAAAGAGUACGACUACUACGAGCAGCUAUUCAACUCUACCAACGGAUUUCUAUUUCCGGGAGGCAGUGUGUCCGUUGAGCAAUCUGGCUACAGCAAGGCAGCCCGCAUCCUUCUCCGCUUGGCGAUCCAAGCCAACCACGCAGGCUCGCAUUAUCCCGUCUGGGGGACCUGUCUUGGGCUGGAGGAACUGAUGUACCUGCAAGCGAACCAGUCGAUCAUGAAACUCUGUAAAGGUCACGACAUUGCCACAACGCUGAACUUCACACAAGAUUUCCGGCACAGCGGUCUUUUCCAAGAGCUUCCUCGGGCUCUGGAGCGCGCGCUGACCAAGGAGAACAUCACGUACAACAUGCACCAGUGGUGCAUUACGCCGGAGAAUUUCACCAAGUAUGGAAUCGAUGACUUCUACGAUGUACUCUCCACAAGUCGAGAUGCCGACGGCUUGACCUUCAUCUCCACCGUGCAAGCAAAGCACUAUCCUAUCUACGCGACACAGUGGCACCCAGAGAAGGCAGCAUUCGAAUGGGUGGACAACGCUAAGCACCAACAUUUGCCGCACAGCGAGAACGCCGUGAAGGUCAUGCAGUACGUGGCUGACUACUUCGUGCACGAGGCACGGAAGAACAAUCAUGCCUUCGAGUCCAAAGAGGUGGAAGCCAAGACCCUCAUCUACAACUAUCCCGUCACUUACAUGGGAGAAAACUCGUCCAGUGUUCAGGAAUACAUAUUUCAUUGACGAUGUCUAAACUCAAAUAAAUAACUUUCAUCUUUGAAGAAUUCUA